GAGAUAAAUGCGGAGACGAGCAUCUGAUUCACAGGUCCACGCGAUGAGCCCCCGCGUGGUCCUCCUCUUCCUCGCCGCCGCCCUCCGCCCCUGCGCCGCCCUUGUACGCCUCCAUUCCAACUCCUUCUCCUUCACCUUCCUCGACGCCCCGGCGCGCUUUGGUCCUCGAGUGGGCAGCGAUGGGAUCUGCGGCUCGCUGCGCGCCGCCGAACCCGCCGAGGCGUGUGAGCCCAUCAAAGACAGCGGCGGCCGCCGCGGCGCGGGCCGGAAGGCUUUUGUGCUGAUCGCGAGGGGCAACUGCAGCUUCGAGGGCAAGGUGCGGGCGGCGCAGAAAGCGGGGUUUGACGCCGCCGUCGUGUACGACGAUGAGGAAAAAGCCAGCCUCUACUCCAUGGUUGGUGACUCUGAGGGUAUACACAUACCUGCAAUAUUCGUUUCCAAGAUGGCUGGAGAAACACUAAAGAAGUUUGCCAGGGGUGAAGAUGAUGAGUGUUGUAUAAACUCAUCGAUGGAUGAGACUGCAGGAACAGUAUUGGUAAUGUCAUUCGUAUCACUUGUUGUCAUCAUAUCUGUUCUUGCAUCUUUUCUAUUUGCUCGAAACUGCCGACUUCUACGUCAUGGAGUUGAUAAUCACCCACCUUACGUCAAGAAACAUGUGGUGGAAAAGCUUCCAUGCUCAGCAUAUAGUGCUCCCUGUUCUAGCGAAGAUAUUUUUCAGGAAGCUUGUGCAAUUUGUUUAGAAGACUACAAUAAUGGCGAUAUGCUUAGACACCUUCCAUGCAAACAUGAAUUUCACAAGAUCUGUAUUGAUUCCUGGCUCACAAAAUGGGGCACCUUCUGCCCUAUAUGCAAGCUUGAAGUAACGUCCAGUUAAUAGGCAUAUUUGGUCACUGCAUCCAAGUGCUGGCAGUUGUAUGAAGGUUUACCGAAUUGUUCAUCCAUUGCAUUAUUGAAGAUUAAUCUGAACAGUUGAUCUUGCGGACGAAGUACAAAUUGCAGUUCCUCAGGUUGGACUCAUACCCUUUGAGGUUAAUAUUAGGAUUAUCUUGUUUGGUGUGUGGAAGGCCACAACAAACUCUGCUGCUGAUAAAUGUGGCGUGCAUUAUCCUGUAUCCUAGAGGAACUAGGUGUUGUGUAAGUGUAAUCUUAAAUCCAACAUAAGCCCCAUUGUAUACCGAAUUACAUGACUGUUUUCAUUUUGGGAAAUCACCGAGAAAUGUUUGAAGGCACA